AGAGUUGAAUGGGAUCCCAGUGUGAUUUGGCACAGAGGCGGGAGGGGAGCACAGCACAAGUCCUGGAUGAGGUUUGAGCCAAAAGCACUCUGGUGCCCGACUUUUAUCGACAUACCUCCGUCUGUCUGGCCCGCAGAACUGAGCCAAACGAUUCACGGUGCGUAAUUACGCACAGGGACGAUAUAUCCGUGGUUGUUCGCCGUGGAAAGCUGCGGACAAAGGAAGGCAGACAGGCUGGAGUACAACAGCUGAUUUGAGAAGAGAGGAGUACUGUUGGAGGGGUAACGGGAGAAAUCUGGAGUCGGAAGUGAUUUGUCUUUUUUCCCCAGGAUUUUGGGGAAGAAGCGAAUCAGUUUGCAAACCGAGGAGAAAAGGACAGAAAGUGGAGUGGUGAGUGGAAUCAGUUCCCCAAACAACAUCCAGAUUCUCGGAGCAUGGGAGAAGUUGUCUGUGAGCUGUAAAAUGUUCCCGCUACACCGAGAGAGGGAGCAGCCCAUCUUCAGCGCCAGAGCUCAUGUCUUCCAGAUCGACCCGGCCACUAAGCGCAACUGGCUGCCGGCCAGCAAACACGCCGUCACUGUGUCCUUCUUCUACGAUGCCAGCCGUAGUGUCUACCGCAUCAUCAGUGUUGGCGGGACAAAGGCCAUCAUCAACAGCACCAUCACCCCCAACAUGACCUUCACCAAAACCUCCCAGAAGUUUGGCCAGUGGGCAGACAGCAGGGCCAACACCGUCUAUGGCCUGGGCUUCUCCACGGAGCAGCAGCUGCAGCAGUUUGCAGAGCAGUUUAAGGAGGUGAAGGAGACGGCCCGUCUGGCUAGAGAGAAAUCUCAGGAGAGGUUUGAAUUAGCCAACCCUGCGCUCAACAUUGCAGCUCCAGAGCUCUCCCAGGAGUUGUCGGAGGAUCGUCAUUCUCCGCCGCUGCUCGCAGUCAAUGGGCCGGGCGAGGAAAAGCUGUUUCGCAGCACAAGUGCCGAAGUGGAGCUAACGGCAGAGAAGGAGAGGGUCAAAAAGAUGUUGUCUGAAGGGUCAAUGUGUGAGAUAAACCUGGAGGCUGAACUCUUCACCCUGCAGGACAGUAACUCCAAGUUGGUGGAAGCACUGCAGGAAGCCAACAGCAGCGUGGAGCAGUGGAAGAAACAACUGGCUGAAUACCAGGAGGAGACCGAUCGCCUCAGAGACCAGGUGGCAGAGCUUGAGGCCCAGCUGGGGCAUCCUGCUGCAGGGCAGACUGCUAGAGAGGAGCUGACUCGCUCACUGGAGGAGCUGGAAGCCCUGCUGAGCGCCAAAGAUCAGGAAAUUCACAAUCUACAAAGCAAGAAAACCGAUGUGGGUGAGCUGGAGAAAGAGAGAGAGGAGGCCAUGCAGAGACUCCAGGAUCUAGAGAGACGAAACUGUGACUUGGAGAAUCGUGUCCAGAGUGCUGAAAAGACGCUGGCAUCUAACCGGGAGGAGCAGGACCAGGCAGAGGUUGAGGUCCGACACAUCAUCGACGUUCUGGACGUCAAAAUUGCCGACCUGAACGACCUGAGACAGAGCCUGGCAAAACUCAUCGACAAAUAGCCACAGCAGCAGUUGGGCUGCAUCUCCGCAAUCAGCACUUGUUCCACCCAUGCGGCCUUGAUUUGUGUUUUACUGGUUUAUGAGCAGAGCAACAAUCAAAGCAAUAUGGUGGGAAACGGUAGAGGUUUAUGGAUCUGUGUUUUUAAGAUCAGUGCAGGUAAACAGCAGGUAUCAGAAACAAAAUAAAAAAUCAUUGUCCCAUUCAUACUGCAAUCUUGGUGGAUGUCAUUAUCAUAAACAGUUGACAGUGUGGUCUAA